AGCGGCGUCUCCCUGCGGAGCGGUUGGCUUCGGCGGGGCAGCUCCUCGGGGACCGGCGGGGCAGCAGAGCCCCGGGCGGCAGCAGGGCCCGGGGCCGCACCGCAGCCAUGGCGAAAGGAGCGCGGAGGAGCGGAACGGAACGGAACCAGGGGAGGAACAUGCCCAAGGCCCGGGCGGGCGGAGCGGAGGAGGCGAGACCCGAGAGCACUGAGAGGAAGGGCUCCGGCCGCCCCCGGGCCGGUGGGGAGAAUGUGUUUAUUGGUCAAUCCAAAAUCUACAGCUACCUGAAUCCUUCCAAAACUGCUGGUGCUCGCCCCCCGCUUCAAGAAGAGAACUCUGUCAUGUAUCACGAGGUGAAAUGUCAGGGCAAAACACCGAACAGAACCUGCAGGAAAGGAAAUGCAGAAAGAAAGAAGAGUGGCAAUAUAAUUGAAGGUGCUAUAAAACCUGAAGGCCAGAAGGACAAAGAAGUUGGGUGCGAUACUUCAGUGCCCUCCUCUGAUCAAAACCAAGGAACUGUAGAAAUGCCAAAAACGCCUCUGCCGUCAGACUGUGCUGAUGAGGCCAAUGGAAAGCCAGCUCAGAAAAAGAUGGUUAAAGCAAAACGUGGACCAAGGAGAAAAACACAAGGAAGAGCACAAAAUCGGAAAGUAACAGAUUAUUACCCAGUUAGAAGAAGCUCCAGGAAGAGCAAAUCUGAAUUGGAGACGGAGGAGAGGAGGAAAAUAGAUGAGCUAAUUACAAGUGGGAAGGAAGAAGGAAUGAAGAUUGAUUACAUCGAUGGCAAAGGGAGAGGAGUAAUUGCUACUAAAGAAUUUAAUCGAGGAGAAUUUGUAGUUGAAUAUCAUGGGGAUCUCAUAGAGAUCACAGAUGCUAAAAAGCGAGAAGCGGUGUAUGCUCAAGACCCAUCCACUGGCUGCUAUAUGUACUAUUUUCAGUACCUCAGCAAAACGUACUGUGUUGAUGCUACAAAAGAAACUAAUCGCUUGGGAAGACUGAUUAAUCACAGCAAAUGUGGCAAUUGUCAAACAAAGCUUCAUGACAUUGACGGCGUGCCUCAUCUCAUACUCAUAGCUUCCAGAGACAUUAAAGCAGGUGAAGAACUGUUGUACGACUACGGAGACAGAAGCAAAGCUUCCAUAGAAGCUCAUCCAUGGCUGAAACACUAAUUCUUCAUCUUAGUUUGGGGUUUUUUUCUGUUUGGACUGAAUGGGUCCACUGGCUCUACAAGGAGUCAGUGGGUGGCUCUUUUCUCCCCUCACUUCCCUCAGCUUUCUUAGUGGACUGCUUAUGGUGUUCUAAGCUCCUAAAAGGCUACCCUUUUGCUUUGCAGUAUUUAAAUGCCUAUUACAGUUUUCCAGGCAGGCUUGAAUAAUUGAUCUUAGAUUGCCAAACCUUUUUAUAUCAUAAAAGGAAACCCUUCCUAAAUUUUGAAUACUUCUGCAUAGUGACCGGUGCCACUUGAGCAUGCAAAGACUUCCACAGAAACUUAACCACUUGGGUUGUGCUUCUGCUUUUGCAAUGAAAUCUCAUGCUCCACUUUGUGGGGUGAUGAAUUUGGCAAUAGCUUUAGGACAGCAGAUGUACUUCUGUACUCUGACUCAAACAUGCAGUGGCUACACUGCUUGUCAGACAGCUUCUUACAGCCUGGUGCUGACAGGCUUCUCUGAGAUGGAUGCUACUAUUGUUCUCAAAUAAGUUGUGAUAGGGACCCAGUUCUUCCAGUAUCUCAUGUUGGCAGUGAACUUUAAAUGCACUGGUGCUGAGGGGAAAUCCAUGGUCAAAUUGGCUGCUUUCUUUAGAGAAAUAACUCCAAGCCAAAGGAGGAUGGAUUUUGAUAGGCUGGGUUGAUACUGAAUAGAAGUGUGAAGUUCUGUCUUCACAGUGAGAAUCAAUGUUUGACAUGACUUGUUUUCUACAAUUGAAGAAGGUACCUUUUUAUAGCUGAUGGCUGGUUCUUGGAGGUGUCUUCCAGAGGAUUUUUAAGAUGGAAAAGCUCUCUCCAAACACUUUUUUAUUGCCUUCCUAUGCUAAUUAGCCACAUCAGAAGCUAUUUAUUUACUGUGAAUGCUUGAAGUAGAGCAUAGCGCUUCCAAAAUAGGAGUCAUCUUCGUAUGCAGCUUCAAACUGUAAUGAUGGAGUUGAUGCAAUGAAGAAAGUAGAUUCCUUAUUGCCUGGUCCUGUAGGUCUGUCAGCAUGGUCCCACUGUCUUAAAUGGGAGUUGAGUGCUCAGCAUCUUGCAGGUGUUUGUAACAUUACUCUUGGAGAACCAAAUCUGUGAUAUAGGCAGGCAAUACAAUGCAGGUCCUUUAUGUUAAAGAUUAAUUCUUACCUGUUGGAAUUUUUGCCAAGGCAAGCUUGGCAUGUGUGUAGAUGAAAAUGGCUGUGAGCCAUCAGCCACGCUUGCUGCUGGAAGGGGUCAGCAAGGGAUCUGUGGCUCUGUUCAUGUCUUCUGUUCCUCACGUCUUGAAGGCUGCUGCUGUUCCAGCUAAUGCCCUCUAGGACAAUCUUAGAUGCUUGCCUAUGUGAUAGGUCAGAUAGCAACAACAUCCUGGUUGUAUGCUCCAGCAGCAAGAGAGGUGGCUUAGUGAUGUAUUUUUUAAAUUAAAAACUUGAAGACAAUGUCUCUGUAAAAUAAAGAAUAUAUUUAUUAUUGAAGUGGCUGCUAUAGUACCUGUCUCCAUUGCAGAUCAUUAGCUUUUUUAAAGAAAGCUGUGAAAAACAUUAGCCAUUAAAUGCUUUAUAUUAUUUACUACUUAAUACAAGGUCAGGGCUGGCCUGUGUGUGUUCACCGUUUCUGAGGAAUUAACUGGAGACCUGUUACCUUACAUGAGUUACAGAUAAGCUUCCUUGGCAGACUCAUUUGAGUUGGCACUGACUCUUCCCUGGUCUCAGUCUCUGUAGCAGGGACUACAACAGUCUGUACAGGAUCCUCCUGUACUAGAGCACUUCCCUAUAGUCAAAAUUGGAAUGAAAUGUGUGUUUUCUCUUUAUUUUAUUUAAGCAUUUGCCUGUUCUCUAUCAGGUUGAAUAGCUUAAAACCUCUGUUCUUCCACAUGACUUUUGUAAACAAGAAAGGGGGAAGUUCUCUCCCUGAUAGGAAAAUUAUCUUCUCUGAAAUGCUUAACUGGUAAUCAAGUAGCACUGCAUUGGAAGAUGGUAAUAAAGCUGAUGUUGCACUGCA